AUGGCAUUCUCGGAGCUGCCUGGCACGCUGGAGACCGCAGGUCUAGAGCGAAGCUCCUCUUCUCAGUUGCUACGUUCCGACUCCGGCCAGCCCCGUCUGUGCGUCUUCAUCCCACCGUCGUCUGGAGACCCGAAAGCUCUUGAGCGGGCUCCAGCGUUUGAUACGUUUGCAACAGCGUCUGCUUGCAGUUCUAGCUCGUCCGAAUCUGAUUUCUCGACCCCGUGCGAGGGCGUUCUCUGGGCCGGGGAUUCCUGCCCUUCCCGCCCGGCAGAGUGGAGCAAUGAAGAAUACGCCGCCUCUCUGGAGCGCCUGCGGCACCUCCUGCAGCUUGGCUGUUCUGCAGGUUCGUCGAGUUAUUCAGGGGAGCCUGACAGGUCUGCAUAUCUUGUCAGAUACGGUAGAGAACGCCGGGACGAUACCCCCGGGUACAUAGGAACGCCCCCAAGUAGGAACUGGAAGAGUCGCGGCGACGGACGGAGACAGGACAGCCCCGGGGGACGCCCAGGACUGGACGACAGUCGCAGAGUACUCAACAUACUUACCCAAGACGGAUUUCGGCUUCUCUACGGCCUAACAAAGUGUUUCGCCGUCCCGGCCGAGAGCGGAGAGAACGAGGCGUCGAACGAAGGCUUUCCAGCCGACGGCGACAGCGCUCCUCUGCGCCGUUCCCCAGAUCUUCAGGCAGCUUUUCUUCAGCUGGUUUCUCAGAUCCUCGUGCGAAUCGCCGCGCUCGUGGAGUCCCUGCCUAGUCCCGCGAGACCCGAUGGCCACGGGCCGACUCUCCGAUUCCUCUGCAUGCGCUCGCAGGGAGGCCUGUCUGCCCGAGAGAGGAGACGAAGAGGCCUGGCGCAGGGCGAGGACGGCGAAGAAGAAUUUGCAGGCGAGGGCAUCUCUUUCGUCGAUGGGGGAGACAAGGGUGAACGAGCAAGCAUCGGCCAAGACGGACUGGAGGGCGGCGCCACCAACGGCCAGAAUGAACUGCAGGUGCCCGGUUUCUCGCCUCUCAUGGGGCGCGAGUUCGCCUCAGUCGACACUGUCCUCGAGGCUGCCCGCGUCCUCCGCUCCCUCCUUCUCUGUGGGGCCUUCUUCGUUGACUGGCUUGUAGACGAGACUCUGAGGCACGUGGAAGAAGCAAAGGGCGGAGAGGAAAGAGACAUCGACCUGACUUCCCGAGGCAGAGGACGACGCUUUGCUGCGAGUGGCCGAUCUCGGCAGAAAGGCGACGGAUUGAGCAGCGUCCGCAGCACCCGAGGCGGCCCUGCGGGUCGUGGAGGGAAACGCAGGAAAAACGAGCAGAUGGAAGUGGACCUCGAGGACUCUUCUUCCCCGGGGGUGCCGGCGGUGUUUGAUGAUGACGAAGACGUCGAAUGUCGGACAGAGAAGAGAGACAAACGGCAGGACAGCGGGAAGAGCGCGCCGUCCAGCCCCGUUUCGCAGCUCGUGGGCCUUCUGAGUGCACUGAGUGAGGUCGCCCUCUCCUCCGCGGCUUGGCUGGCAUUUGAUUCGGACUUUGGCGGCGAGAAAAAAGACGAAGAGCGCCAGCGGUUCUACCUGCUUCGUGCCCUGGUACGGCCUCUGCAUGUGCUGUACGACGAAGAGAAGAUGAAGAGUCAGGCUCACCUCCAGGCACUCUUCUUGUCAGAUGACAAUUUAGGAGAGAGGCUGAAGUCAGUGAUUCGGAACGCGCUCGUGGCUCUGCUGGACACGAUCGAGACGCGACGAGAAAUUGUGCUCUCGGCGCGACGCGAGAUGAAGAGAAAGCAACGAGAAGAGGACGAGAGAAAGCGACAAACGGAGAAGAAACGAGAGAGAGAGGACAUCAUGCGCGAGGUGAAGCACGGCGUGGGCGGGAUGGACGAAGAAGCCGAGGAAGAGGGCGAGGCGCCGGAGGCGAAUGACGACGGGGAUGAGUCAAAGGAGAGUGAAGGACAGAGGAGGAAGGAAACACCAGAGGGGGUAGACAAGGAAGACGACAGAGAUGACGACGAAGAGGAGGAUGACGAAGGACAGCUGUCGUGGAGAACGCAGCUCCACAGCAUUCUUUUGCAGCCCGAGUGUAAAGCUCUCGUCGAAGUCCUCACGAGUCCAAAGCUGCGGCGACGUCGACUGCCGGCUCUCGUGCUCCGUGAGUUGACGCAGCAGCUGAAGGAGCAGCUGCUGCUGUGUGGGGGUGGGGUGGACAAGGCGACGGCUGCGCAGAAGAAGAGUUUCGCAUGCGCUGCGAUGAGUUUGGAGUAUUUUGCUACGCUGCUGCCUCGAGUCUGGUUGAGCGAGAAGGAAUCGCUUCUGCAGCUCUUUGCUGCAGACGCGUACCACAUCCGCAAGGCUCUCUUGGAGUGUCUGAAGGCGCUGCUUCUCCGGGCACACCGAAUCGUGGACCUCGAAGAAGACGAAGAGACCGAAGAAGGCGAAGACGAGCGCACCACGACGGGCGACGACACAAAGAGCCGGAGCAGUCGAGGCGAGAGCGCGCGACAAGGCGGCCAAACCACCGGCGACGACGCUCAAGCCACGUUCUGGGGCGAGGACAAUCUCUCGCCUCGCUCUUCCUCUCCCUCACACAGAGACGCGCUACUGGCCUCCAGCGCCCGCAUGCAGCGGACUCGUGCCUUCUGGAAUAAGCAGCGCGCAUCGCUCAUUCACCAGCUGCUCUUGCGGCUGGAUGACCGCACCCCGCUCGCGCGUACCUGGGCUCUGAAGGUUCUCACGGACUUGAUUGGAGACCAGGAGGCCCUCCCCACACUCUGCGUCGUGCGCAGCGUCCAGAAGUCCGUCGACCGCCUUCUCGACAAAAGCACACUCGUGCGAUCCGCCGCCGUCGGUGUCUUCUCUUCGCUCAUCCACUUGGCGGUGAAGCAGCAGCGAGCGGGAGGCAAAGAAGCGGCUGGCCAGCCAUUCCUGUGGCUUCUUGUCCAUGGAGAGGAAGAGUGGAGUCUCGCCAAACAGCGCGUGCAGCAGAGACAAGCCGAGAGACGACGGCGACAGCUGGAGGCAAAACUGGAGGAGACGAAGAAGCAGAGAGAAGGGGACACUCUGGACGGGGAAGAGAACAAAGAAGCAGAAGGAACGCAGCCUUUAGAGGACAACGCCGAGGAGACGGGGUCAGGCACGAACGUCACCGAAGAAUGUCAGGAAAAAGAGGAGACUCAGGAGGACGAAAAAACUCGGGAAGAGGAACCGAGCCCAGAAGGGGAGAUUGUCGAUUACGAGGAGCUUGCGGUCCAAGCAGAAGAGGCGUUGAGCAAAGCUAUCGACAUCUGCCAGGAUCUGCUGUUUUCCCGAAGUGAAGGCGACCAAAAGGCGGCACUCCGGUUCCUCAUCGACUGUUGUCUGUUGCUUCAACUGCGGCGCCGGCGGCUGCUUCCGGCGCUGCAGCAGGCCUUGCGUCUAGCGUUUUCGCGAAGUGCAGCUGUGGCCGAUCUGCUUCUUCUCGAGUUCUAUCGUCUCUUUCUGGACGCAAAGGAGUUGGAGGAGCAGCAGGUGACUCUGCGAGACCACUGGAUAGUGCGGUGCGAGCUGCAGCGGCACGAGGCGACGGCGAGGUGUGAAACCGCAUGCGCGAGGUUGGAGCCCGAGGGCGGAGCAGACGCGAAAAGAGAAUGGGGGCAGAGGACUUCAAGAGACGCGGCGGCGCAUGCGGUCGUCGCCAAGAGGAGCGGCCUGGUUGCAGGCUCGGCCGCAACGCUGCGCCCGCUGGAGAGACUACUCCUCCACACGGACAUCAACAGGACAGUUAGUGGAGCUUUUCGCUUUGGAGCCGGCAGACUGCUUGAGCUCGUUGAGGAGGGGGACAUGGCCUCGCUCGCAUGCAUUGAGAAACUCUUCGUCCUCGCUCUCUCCAAGGAAGGUGGAAACGAACACCGCGUGGCCCUCAAAAAAGCCGCGGACGCUCUGUUUGCUCUCGCGAUGCAACCCAAUUUCCUUCUCGGGCGCGACGCCACGCCUCGGUGCGCGCUGGGGCUGCUGCGCCUGCUGUUCCAAGCGAGCCAGCAGACGAAGCAUUUGCCUGCCUCGUCGGGGGAGUUGCCUUCCCUGACAGCUCUGCCCUCCGAGAUGCCUCACUCAUCUCUUCUCCGAAGAAAAGAUGAACGCACCAGCUCCGCGGGCGCAGGUUCCGUUCUUCACCGGUUGUCCAACGGCCAGCUCCUGGCGCUGCAGGGCGCCAUUGUGCAGCAGCUGAAGAAGAAGCCUGAGAAUGCGGCUCGCGAGACGCGACUGCGCGCCACUGGCUCCUCUCUCGAGAACGAUGACGAAGGUCUCCGUUUCCUCAUCGUUGCCGAGCUCUGCAGAAUCCUGGCCGCCUCGCUCCCCGACCGGCGAACAACCAAGGCUGCAGGCGUCGCCCUCGAGGCCAUCAUGGCACACUACGGCACGACAGAUCCCAACUGGUUCUCAGCGGCUCAGGCCGUCAUCGAUGUCACAUUUGCACACUGCGGCCGCCCAGAGCACCUGUGGUCGCAGCUCCUGGCGCAUUUGCUGAGUCACCUGCUUCGGCAGCCGUCUGAAAACUCGGCCUGUGCUGGCGCUCCGGCGUCUCUCCGCGCUGUCCCUGCGUCUCCGUCUCCGUUUCCCUCUUCCCAGCGAAGCCUCGCUGUACCUGUCUCCGCGCCGGUGUCGUCUCCGCCGCCGCCGUGCCGCCUGCCUCCGGGCCUUUUUAUGGCGCCGCCUUCGCUGUAUCAACUGGCGCAUCUAGUCUUCCUGGCGGGCCAUGUCGCACUCCGCAUUUGCAUUUUGCUGGAGAAGCAGCAGUCGGAGGUGAAACACGAGCGGUCCGAGAUGCAGCGGCGGGCAGUUAACAGAAGACAGGGCGGCGGGGACGAGGCGGAGGCGGAAGCCGAGGGCAGGGAGAGGAGGCGCAAAGAGGGCGGCUUGUCGGAGGAAGAGAGCGAGAAGAGUCGGGAGGAGAAGGCCCGCUGGCACUCUUCUGGCGCUGGGGCAGCCGCCGCGGGUGACGCGAGCGAGAUCCAGACCGUCGAAGGCAACAUGGGGAUGCAGACGCGAGAAGAAGAAGAGGCGGAGCUCUUCACCCACAUCAUCGAGAACCAGAUCGUCGGCGCAGGCCUUCUUGGAAGACCGUUGAAGCGGCUGAUUCUCGUGGCCGCGCUGGAGCCGCAGCGUCUCGUGCGCCGGCAGGCGCCCUCGCAGGGGCCUUCUCCGCAGGACGAGAAGGCGCCAGGGCGAUACCCGAUGGGACUGGAUGCGCGCGGGAGCGCCGCAGAAGACGGCCAAGAAAACAUGCAUGCGAACGCGGCGUGGACGCCGCUCAAGCGCGACGCGAGACUACAGGCCUCGCAGCCUUUCCCGAAUACGCUGAGUCUCCUUGCUGGGGCAGGAAGAGAAGACGAGACGCACGGAAGCAGUCAGCGCGACCUCGACGCUUUAUCCUCAAUCUCCGCCCUCCUGGAUACUCCUGGCCUCGCCACUUUGCAUGCAGCCGCCGUCAUUGCUCUCUGCAAAUUUGCCACGAUCUCUCGAACGUUCUGCGAAUCGCGCAUCUGCAAAACCACCUCCAUUCUGCACGCGCUCAUCUCUCUCCUCUUUAGUCAACCGAAAAACAAGGACUCGGCCUCGGUCUCGUUUUCUUCUCUCUCUGGGGCUUCGGCGCCAGCAAAGGCCUCGAGCACAGAGAAACCUCAGGGCGGGGAGAGGGGGGAGUUUUUUGGAGAUCGGCCGCAGACGCUUUCGAUUCGAAACGGACAGGAGUGUUCCUGCAAGGAAGCGGAUUCUGGCGGAGACAGGCUCCGACUCGAGGGAUCCGGAAGGAAACGAAUCGAAGGAAGAGAUAGGUCGAAGGAGAGCGGCCGACUCCCCUCUGCGCUUCGGCAGACGCUUCUCGUCUGUUAUGGCGAUCUUACUUGCCGGCACCCGAAUGUCUUGGAGCUGUACAAUGACGUUGUCUUCAACAUCUUGCAGGACGAGGACGUCUUGGUGAGGCACGCAGGAGUGCAGGUUUUCACGCAUUUGGUGAUGAACGGAAUGGUGAAGCCGAAGGGACGGCUGCUUGUCUUGAUGCUGCAGCUGAUGCGAGACAGAGACGCUCGGAUUCGCGCGGCCGCCGAAAUCUUCUUCUGCGAAGUCGACCGCAAGGGCAGCCAUGCCAUCGUCAACAGCCUGCCGGAGCUCUUGGGCGCGAUUGCUGAAGGAGACAAGCGGGCCUACGGGACCGAAGACGAUGCCGGCGAGGAGCCCAGAGAAGAGACAGGAGACGGAGAGAACACAGGCGAAGAGAACGGAGACGGAGAGACACAAGGCGCCGAUGGCGAGGAUGGGGAGGCGCGGGAGAAGAAGAUGCGAGAAGGCAGAGCCGAUGAAGAGACCGAGGAAGAUCAGUUCACCGUUGAAGGGACAGACACGCAGAAAGGACGCGCCAAGACCGCAGACGCGCGCGGCGCCGCUGAGAAGAGAGAGCGAAAAGAGCAGCAGAGACUCGUAACGUUUCUUCUGCAGUUCGUCAAGCAACACAGGCACAGCGAGGCGUUGAUUGAGAAGCUUUGCCAGCGAAUCGCGGCGCUUCCGAUCCCGAGACAUGUGAUCGAUUCUGCUUCGCCGUCGGCCCGGAAGCGCGCGUCUGCGUCGCCUCCCCUGUCGCCCUCGACGGUCUCGUCUGGCGAGGAUAACGGGCCAGCCGCAGCCGCCCGGCGCGUCUACUUCCAAGCGAUUUCUGCUGUUUGCUUGUCUUCACCAAACUUGGAGAAGGCGUUGAGGCGGCUAUCCUCGUCCUUCCCCCUCAUUCGAUUCGCAGUCGCGACGCGAGAAGAAGGCGGCGGGGACGAAAUUCUCCGCGACCUUCUGCGGCGCGUCUCCAUCAAAAUAUCCGGGCGUUGGGGCGCUACCGCCGGUCUGGGCCGCUCCACCCUCUCCAGAGAAAGCAAACUCAAAGGAGAAGACGGGGAGAGAGGCGGAACAGACAGAGCCGGAAAUGUCGGAGGCGCAGGUGGAACUCAGGACGUCGCUGUGAUUCGCGAAGUUGUGGAAGAGCUGCAGAAGAAACUCCAGGCGGCGACGGAGGAUACGACAGAGAAGGAACAGGAUGAAGGCGCGACCCUUGCAGAGCAGCUUGGGGAGAUAGGCGAAGGCGAAGAAGCCGAGAAGGAAGCGGCAGACGUCGAGGCAGGAUCUGCUGAAGGAGAGGCAUCCAAAGGUGACAUGUCCGAAGCCGGGGGAGGGAGCAGCCUUUUUGCCGAGACUGAAAAGGAAGAGAAGGAAGAGAAAGAAGAAGAGGGUGAGGGGGAGAUGGGCGCUGAGGAGGCACCGGUUCGCGGGAAGAAGCGGAAAGGCGAGGACAUGCAGAGGGAAUGCGACAUGAACCGCCGAGAGAAGAAGAGAAAAGAAAGGAAGGUGAAAGCGGAAGAGGACUCGUUGCAGGAUUCGAAGCGAGGUGGAUGUCGUCGAAAGCGAUGA